AUGCCCCGGAAUGACGCCAGUUCCCGCUUCAGCUCUAUGACGGGCUCCAGCACCGACAGUGCGAGAUCCAACAUCACUGUGAAGCCGCUCCCCUCUCUCCCUCCAUCGGCGUCAUCCUCUUCUCCUUUCGCCGCCUCCUCAAACCAAACCAGCAAUGCGUCCCGGUCCGCUUCUCAUGGCUCGCGCAGGGCUGCCCCCUCGCGCCUCAAGACUGACGAGAACGGCCAAUUAAGUCGGUCUUUCAAGGAUUCUGAUGCUCAAGUCUCGCCGACCUCCACCUCGCGCCUUGCGCUUUCGCCUUCUUCCAUCACCUCCAGCAAUUCCAUUCGCGAACAUCGAAUGAGCGACCUGGCUGACUACCGACGCGACUUGGCCAUCCUCGACCCCGCCGGAGGAAGGGCAUCGCGAACUCAACAAAACAACCCGUCCUCUGGCUCUCUAAGUCAGAUCGCGCCCUGGAUGGCGGCCGCACCGACGCCGGCUAGUUCAGGGCCGUUACCCACUAGCUUUUUCAACGACUCGACAGACAACCUGUCACUUAGCUCGCAAACUUCGCCGGGUCUCCGCAAUGCCACAGCGCGACCGUCCCAAACGACGACCGGGAGUACUGAAUCCCCAGAAACCUUGUAUUUCACCGAUGAAAGACGUCCGUCGAUUGCGAGCAUCACCACAACUGCAAGUAGCCAGGGCUCGAGGGCGAGUGGUGCCAGAGGCGGGAUUCGAAAGCUCCAGGGGUUUUUCGGAGAGGAGUUUCCGGGUCGUGAUUCCUCCGAGAUCAGUCUCUCUCAUCCCAUCGUGGGGAAAGAGCACCGCUCGCAUUCUUACAGCCAUGCACGGCCACAUCGGGAUCGCAACUACUCCAAUGCCACAGAUCACGGCAGGGACGCAUCACCGGCCUCCAGGCCUCGAACACCCGUACCGAAGCCGGAAGUUGUGCCUUUCCUGUAUCAGGAAGCUGACGAUAUCGCGCGCUACGGAGAAGCACCCGUCCGAGACAUCCUGAGUGGGCCGGAUCGCGAACGCUUCGUCAAUGAUAGCUCCCAGCAAAACAAUCCGCCAAAAACGUCGGGUUCGGGCCGUUCCGGACACUCAAUUGGUGUGCAUUUGACCGGACACCAUCACAGACACAACAAGAGCAACGAGGAUCCUCGGUCCCUUCGGCCCACUGUCAGCCGGGAAGACUCGACGAUAAGCGUUCCGAAGGAUCGGAACGGCUCCUCCACCAUGUACGGCACCCGGUCCCGCGCACAGAGUCCCGCUCCGAGCACAACCGGUAGUUAUUGGGGCCACAAGAGCGGUAGUACCGACGGCCAAACCUCACCCGGUCAACCGAAAAAGAGCUUCCUUGGACGGCUUGGAAGAAGGCUCAAAGAAAAGGACGAUGCUCCAGAUCUGAAGAAACUCGGUCCAGCGUCCCAGUCCUCUUUACAUUCCCGGCCCUCCCGACAAGAGCUCUCCAAAGCUGACGGCCAGUUCGCGCGAGGUGCGGACGGGAAAUACCAGCCUGAUGUUCGGGAUGGUAUUCGCCCGGAUCUUGCCCGUCCAGCUAAUGGACCUCAAACGUUCAACAAGUUUUCCCUUUCCAAAAAGGCCCCUAGAAGCAAGACGCAGGAUGACCUGGACGAAGCUAUUGGCCCCACCGAUAGGCAAGAUGUCGGCACUGUGUUUCACCUCGACACCAAUCUUAAUAAUAUGGAUGGUAUUUUGAGCAAACCGGCGCCGCUCACCCCCAUGAACGCUCAUGAAAUCUUUGACGAGGUCGGCUCAGGCAAGGGAUCAAUCAGUUACCCGAGUUCCAAUGGGGCAUGGAAUGCACCGGACAGCUGGGCUGUACUGCGAGAUGACGACGCCGGGGCCCAGCUCCCAGACACAGAGGACAUUGGAAGCCCGCCGAGGCCGGAGGAAAAGCAACACAACUAUUGCAUCCGGGUGUUCAGGGCAGAUGGCACGUUUGCGACCCUGCAGAUGCCACUCCUGACGAGCGUCUCAGAGCUCAUCAACCAAAUUGUCAAGAAGUCAUACUUGCAGGAUCCGGAUAAAUUCAAGCUGGUCUUGAAGAAACAUGAUCUCUACAAAGUCCUCCAAAGCACCGAUCGUCCACUGCUGCUACAAAAACGGCUCUUGGAACAAGUGGGAUUCGAAGAGCGUGACAGGAUAGAGGACAUCGGCCGCGAAGACAACAGCUACUUGUGUCGAUUCCUUUUCUACCCCUUCACCGACAACAGCUAUGAAGUGAUGGAUCAAAUGGAGUUCCUUCGGUCCCAGAAAAACAACCACAUCGACCUAUCAGGCCGCAGCCUGUCUGCCAUUCCGGUUCAACUCUAUCCAAGGGCGAACGAAAUAAUCUCUCUCAACUUGUCCAGAAACUUGUCGCUCCAAGUCCCGCGAGAUUUCAUCUCGGUGUGCCCAAAUCUGCGCGACAUCAAAUUCAACAACAACGAGGCUCGAGCUUUGCCCAAGAGCUUCGGAUAUGCCAGCAGACUCACCAUGUUGGAUGCCUCAAACAACCGUCUGGAGAGCUUGGAAUCUGCGGCUCUUCACAAUCUCACCGGCCUUCUCAAGCUUAACCUGGCGAACAACAAGCUCAAGCAACUACCGAGAGAGUUUGAAGCUUUUGCUGUGCUUCGAACGCUCAACAUAUCCUCCAACCUCUUGAAUAACUUCCCUCCCUUCUUGGCCAAGCUGGAAAAUCUUGUGGAUCUCGAUCUGAGCUUCAACACGAUCCAAAGCCUACCAGAUAAUGUCGGCCAGAUGACGAGUCUCGAAAGGCUUGUCAUUACCAAUAAUGAGCUCUCUGGUUCAUUGCCCCCGUCUUUCAAGAACUUGCGCAGUCUCCGUGAGCUUGAUAUCAAGUACAACGCCAUCUCUAAUAUUGACGUGAUCUCCCAGCUGCCCAAACUAGAGAUUCUUUCGGCCACCCGCAACAACAUUUCCCAGUUCAGCGGCACGUUCGAACGGGUCAGAAGCAUCAAGCUGAAUUGGAAUCCCAUCACCAAAUUUGAGAUCAAGGCCCCGGUUCCUACCCUCAAGGCUCUCAACUUGUCCAACGCCCAGCUUGCAAGCAUCGACGAAUCGUUCCACAACAUGUCCAACUUGGAACGGUUAGAGCUCGACAAGAACUACUUCGUCUCACUGCCCGCUCACAUUGGUAAUCUUCGAAGGCUCGAGUACUUCAGCAUUGCGCACAACUCGGUAGGUGAGUUGCCUCCCGAGAUCGGAUGCCUGACCGAAUUGAAGCGGCUGGAUGUUCGGGGCAACAAUAUUCGAAAGCUUCCCAUGGAGCUGUGGUGGGCAAACAAAUUGGAUUACCUCAACGCAUCCUCCAACGUGCUGGAGAAUUUUCCAAAACCCGCAUCCCGCGCACCCCAUCCUCCUGGAGAAACAAACGGCAAUACGAGCUUCCCAACUGGCAGAAUUGGACCACCAACCGGCGCCCUGUCUCAGACACCAAGCGCCGAGGAGCUCAACGAUCCUUCAAGACGCCCAAGUCAGGCUUCGAGUAGCCUGCUCAGCGUUGGGCCAUCUCCCGUUCCAGGGGGUGCUGACAGGAAGAGCUCUAUGGUGUCUGUUUAUGGGAAGGGUGGGCGAAAAACCUCCGUCAUCUCCAGAUCAACCACACAGAGCAGCACCGCCCUGGCGACGCCGACAGCCAGCUCUAGGAAAGAUUCGAGUCAUACACAGCGACUAACUAAUACCUUUGCCGGAUCGCUUCGAUACCUAUAUAUGGCUGACAACCAGCUCGACGAUGACUGUUUCGAUCAGCUGUGUAUGCUGGAGAAUCUUCGUGUCCUCAAUCUUUCCUAUAACGACUUGAGCGACAUGCCACAGCGUUCCAUCAAGUCCUGGCCACAACUGGUCGAGCUGUACCUGUCAGGGAAUGAACUUGCAAGUCUGCCUGCGGACGACUUAGAGGAGUACAGCAUGUUGCAGACGCUCCACAUCAAUGGCAACAAGUUCACUAAUUUGCCUGCCGACAUUUCUCGAGCCAAGAAGCUCACUGUUUUUGACUGCGGCAGCAACUCUCUCAAAUACAAUAUCGCCAAUGUGCCGUACGAUUGGAAUUGGAAUCUUAAUCCCAAUCUUCGGUACCUCAAUUUGUCUGGAAACAGACGGCUGGAGAUCAAGCAAAGUUCCGUUCCCACGGCAGCUCAGAAUCGCGAGCAAUACACCGACUUUGGUAGACUAACCAAUCUUCGAGUUUUGGGUUUGAUGGAUGUGACGGUUCUCAACUCUACACUGCCUGAUCAAAGCGAGGACCGCCGUGUAAGAACGUCUGGCUCUUUGGCAGGGUACAUGCCCUAUGGCAUGGCCGACACUCUGGGAAGCAAGAACGAACACCUCUCCACCAUCGAUCUUGUUGUCCCGCGCUUCAACUCGAAUGAUUCGGAAACUCUUUUGGGUUUGUUUGAUGGCCAGGCGCUCAGUAGUGGUGGCUCUAAGAUCGCCAAGUAUCUCCAAGAGAACUUUGGGCAUAUCUUCUCUCAGGAGUUGAGGGACCUGAAGAAUACCGAGAAUCCUGCCGACGCGCUGAGACGGUCCUUCCUCUCACUUAACAAGGACCUCAUUGCCGCCGGAAACACACACACCGAGGACAGGUCUUUGAUGGUGCAUCGCGGCUCGACGGCCCCUCUUGUCCUCAGCAGAGAGGAUAUGAACUCGGGUGGUGUCGCCACGAUUGUCUACAUUCAGAACCAGGAUCUGUAUGUCGCCAACGUUGGUGAUGUACAGGCAAUGAUCAUCAAAUCAGACAGCACCCACGUCAUGUUAACAAAGAAGCAUGAUCCUGCUGACCCCAACGAGCGCACGCGUAUUCGAGAAGCCGGCGGGUGGGUAUCUCGGAACGGCCGACUCAACGAUCUUUUGGAGGUAUCACGAGCCUUUGGCUAUUUGGACCUGAUGCCCGCUGUCCAGUCGGCACCAAAUAUCGAGAAACAUACGAUCGGCGAGCAUGAUGAGAUGAUCUUGAUUGCAACCAGAGAAGUGUGGGAGUAUCUUCCAAAAGACGUCCUUGUCGAUGUCACCCGUUCGGUGCGCCAGGAUCCAAUGCGUGCAGCUCAAAAAGUCCGAGAUUUGGCCAUGGCGUAUGGGUGCUCGAACAAGAUGACGGUCCAGAUGCUGGGCGUUUCCAACCUUAAGGCAAGAAGGGAGCGCUCACGGCAGCACAAGGGGCAGAGCAUGCCAGUCUACGCCUCACUUCAAGACGACGGCGGCUCGUCAACUGGCAUGAGGAGAGCCCGAAAGGCAAGGGAUGGCCCUCUGGACUCGACGCUUGGACGACUCGAUGCAGAGGUGCCUGCUCCCACAGGUCUCAUUGCUAUUGUUUUCACAGACAUCAAGAACUCGACACAACUGUGGGAAACGUAUCCCGAAGCCAUGAGGACGGCCAUCAAGAAUCACAAUGAGCUUAUGCGACGUCAACUGAGGACCAUUGGUGGUUUCGAGGUCAAGACAGAAGGUGACGCUUUCAUGGUCUCCUUCCCAACUGCUACGUCAGCUCUCUUGUGGUGCUUUGCCGUCCAAUGCAAGCUGCUCCACUUGGACUGGCCGGCCGAACUCUACAACUCGGUCAAUUGCCAACCAGUGUACGAUCGUGAUAAUAACCUGAUCUUCAAGGGUCUGUCGGUGCGCAUGGGCAUUCACUGGGGCGAGCCUCUCUCAGAGCCUGACCCCGUCACUCGCCGGAUGGAUUACUAUGGCCCGAUGGUCAACAAGGCUAGUCGUAUCUCGGCCUGUGCGGAUGGCGGACAGAUUGCCGUGUCUUCUGACUUCAUUGCGGAAAUUCAACGGUGUCUCGAACACUAUCAGGAGCCGACGAGCACGGCUGUUGACCUCAAUGAAGACAGUUUCGCGACCGCCAUCCGGAGUGAGCUGCGCAGCUUGAGUGGGCAGGGGUUUGAAGUCAAGGACAUGGGCGAGAAGAAGCUAAAGGGCCUGGAAAACCCCGAGUUUAUCUACUCACUCUAUCCCCAUGCACUCUCCGGCAGAAUCGAGACCCACAGCAAACACGAGAAGGAGCAAGCCCAGGACCUCAGGGAGAUCAGGCCUGCUAUCUUGAGCCCCGGGAGCGAGCUUUCGGUUGAACCAGAUGACAUAUGGAGUCUCUGGAGAGUGGCUCUGCGCUUGGAAAUGUUGUGCAGUAUGUUGGAGGAUAAUAGCAAAGCGCUUCAGCCACCAGAGACAGGUCUCCUAGACAGGAUGAGGCAACGGGGAGGAGAGGUGUCGGAGGACUUUUUGGUCAACUUCCUGGAUCAUCAGGUUAGCCGGAUCGAGACGUGCAUCAACACGAUAUACAUGCGUCACCUCGUCUCGCAGAGCAGCAUAGGGUCCAAUUUUGGCGCGUUGCGGGGACCGAUGGACGAGGUUCUCAAGGUGGUUGCCGAGCAGUUCCAGCUGGUAGCUGAGUACAAAGCGCGGUAUGGUGACCUCCGUGCUUGA